CUUCCACACAGUGAGGCAGACAGCUUAUUAAUUAAACACUGGUAUUGGAUCGGUACUCGGUAUCGGCAGAUACCUAAAGCCCAGGUAUCGCUAUCAGCAUUGGGACUGAAAAAGUGGGAUUGAUGCAUCCUUAAUUAAAAGUAGAUGGCAUGAUUUGAAGCGGGAGGAAAGUCUCGGCGUGACAGUCCUUAUAAAUGCGCUUCAGUUACCACCAACUCUCUGAAGACACUAAUAAUUUCACCGUAACGGCGUGCAGCUAUUAGCGCCGAUCUUUGUGAAUUGGACUGUUUUUGUCACAAGGGGCCAAUUUGGCACCAAAUGUCUGCAUAUUAUGUAUUAAAAUACAUGCAAAUAGCACAGGAGCACAGAGACGCUGUUUGCUUGGCAGCGCAGUUACGGGUGUGUUUCACCCUUUGUGGAUACUUUGAGAAUUACACAAUUUUUUUGUGUCUUAUUUGCAACCGCAAAAUUCGGGCAAUCCCUUUGUGAAUUUUCGGAGUAUCUUAAGUCAGUUUGAAGUGAACUGAGCAUCUGGAUACGUAAAGGUUCAUUAAGACGAAUGCAUGAGUGAAAAUUAGCACAUCCUCUCCUCCAUUGUUCUAAACUGCUGAAUGAACACUAUAAUUUAGACUUCCUCCACAAGCUUGUUUGAUAUUUGAGGAAGUCCGUCUGGUUUCCACUGCAGUAGAAACACCAAGAAACCGUUUAGAUGACUUCUGGGAAGCCGGUCCAUGAGGUGGAGGAACGCCGGGCUUUGGAGCAAAUUUCGGUAGUGACCAAACGUUGGAAUUACAACAUCCGUGUUUGACGAUGACGUCACCGAAGACGAGAUACCUCCUCCCCCUCGCCGCCUUCCUCUUCCCGUCCAUCAUUCCCACAGUAACUGAAGUAGUGAAGUCGGUGUCGGACUGCGACCAGUUUCUCCUCGAGGAAACUCCGCCGCAGGUCCCAGGCAUCUUGGAGGGCGGGCGGAUCCUGAACCAGAACCGCUACAAACCCAUUUGCCAGACUUUUGAUAACGAGAGACGGUUCGUGACGCUCUACGACACCCAGAACAAGAUUCCAGUGUUUUCUGCGUACAAGUACAGAGGUGGGUUAGGAGGGAGACCCCGAAACAACUGGAAGAUAGAACCACAGCUUGAGGAGGACGAUGACAAGAACAUGGUGGUUGGAGACAGAAACAAGACGACCUACGACCACCAGGCUGGAGACUCUGACUACAGACACAACGGAGUGUUUGACAGAGGACAUUUAUUCCCGAGCUCUCACGCGUUCAACAUCUCUGACAAAAGGUCCACCUUCACCCUGACCAACAUCGUUCCACAAGCAAGAAAAUUCAACCAGGGGAGCUGGAGCAGAAUGGAGAAGUGCAUCAAAUGUGUGAUGGACAAGUACUGCGACAACAACAACGGAGUUACUGAAGGCUUCGUGGUGACCGGAGCACAACCCAGCACCGACAACGUCCUCAAGAACAGGAUCAAUAUUCCCUCCAUGCUCUGGUCAGCGUUCUGCUGCUACAGCUCCAACAUGUCGACGUGGCUGGCGAGCGCUCACUGGGGCGACAACGUCCCACCUAAAGAGAAACAUCUGCAGACGAAGACUCUGGAGGAACUCCACCAGGAACUAAGGAUCACGGGCUCUGGGUUUAAAGUGUUUCCUGGGACGCAGUGUCCUCUCCACUCUACUGUUACUCAGCUUUACCCUCAAAUUAACAACUGCAACUGCCCCCCCUCCAUUACACCCACUUCAACAUCUGGCCCUCUCCCUACUACAUCUGGCUCUUCCCAGUCUACUUCUGGUCCUCUCAAUCCAACAUCUGGCCCUCCUCAGUCUUCAUCUGGCUCUCCCACUUCAACAUCUGGCCCUCUCCCUACUACAUCUGGCCCUUCCCCGUCUAGUUCUAACCCUACCUCCACAUCUGUCCCACCCCAGUCUUCAUCUGGCCCUCUCACUUCAACAUCUGUCCAUCCUACUUCAACAUCUGGCUAUCCUACUUCAACAUCUGCCCCACUCACCUCCACAUCUGUCCCUUCCCACUCUACUUCUGGUCCUCUCAAUCCAACAUCUGACCCUCCUCAGUCUACAUCUGGUCCUCUCAAUCCAACAUCUGUCCCACCCCAGUCUACAUCUGGUCCUCCCAUUCCAACAUCUGGCCCUCCUCAGUCUACAUCUGGUCCUCUCACUUCGACAUCUGGCCCUACCCCGUCUAGUUCUACCAGUACCUCCACAUCUGUCCCACCCCAGUCUUCAUCUGGCCCUCUCACUUCAACAUCAGGUCCUCCCAUUCCAACAUCUGUCCCACCCCAGUCUUCAUCUGGCCCUCUCACUUCAACAUCUGGCCCUCUCACUUCAACAUUUGGCCCUCCUACUUCAACAUCUGGCCAUCCUACUUCAACAUCUGCCCCACUGAUCUCCACAUCUGGCCCUCCCCAGUCUACAUCGAUCCCUUCCCCUUCAACAUCUGGCCCUCCUCAGUAUACAGCUGUCCCUUCCACUUCAACAUCUGGCCCUCCUCAGUAUACAUCUGGCCCACUAACUCCAACAUCUGUCCCUCUCACUUCCACAUCUGGCUCUUCCCAGUUUGCCCCUCUCACCUCCACAUCUGGCCCUCCCACUUCAACAUCUGUCCCACCCCAGUCUACAUCUGGCCUUCUCAGUUCAACAUCUUUACCCUCAAAUUAACAACUGCCACUGCCCCCCCUCCAUUACACCCACUUCAACAUCUGGCUCUCUCACUUUGACAUCUGGCCCUUCCCAGUCUACAUCUGGUCCUCUCACUGCAACAUCUGGCCCUCUCAGUUCAACAUCUGGCCCUCUCAUUUCAACAUCUGACCCUCCCCAGUCUACAUCUGCCCCACUCACCUCCACAUCUGGCCCACCCAAGUCUACAUCUGGCCCUCCCCAGUCUACAUCUGGCUGUCUCUGGACAUCUCUAAUACCUUCCUUCUAUUAUGAGUAUUAAAAUGAGUGGCAGCCACAGUCCUGAUUUAGUAUUUGUUUUUUAUGGAAAAUGUUGUUCUAUAGUUGAACCACCAUGGUGCGACGGUCGGUGGGUAUCAAGUAAAAAAGUUAUGUGCUUCAAUCUCCAGUCGGGUUGUACAAGUGAAAGUGAAAGCUACGAGAAAGCUGUGCUGCCUGGGGAUUAAUGGAAUACUCCGUAUGAAGCAAAGCAGAACAGAUCAGAUAAAAAAUAAUCUCUCCGUGAAAAACAAAUACACCCAAAAUCUGGAUUUAUUUUAUCUCAAGUGUUCCUGUGUACCUGUUCUUUAUCAGCAACACUCCUUUUACAGUACAGAACCGGUUCUUUAGAGAAUAAAAGCCGGUCUACAGUUCAACAUUCAGCAUCAAUUAAAUAGAGAAGAUGAAAUCAGUAAUAACAAGAAAAGAAUUUAACAGCUUACUUGCAGUCUUUUCUGCAAGAAACAUUUUUUUUAGCAGUUUUAAAUACAUUUGAAAUUUAAAAAUAAGACUGAAAUAUAUUUGAAAUACUGUAGAUUAGAAAUAUGCAUUUUUAACCACGGAAAAGCACAUUUAAAAUAUAUUAAUUAAAUACAUGAAAUGAUGUUUUUUUAAUUUGGUAUGCUUAAUUUCCCUCCCGUGAAUCAAUAAAUAAUGUUUCCUCUUUAACUGUGUACUUUGUUGUAGAUCAGAGGGGGUCAACUUUAUGCCACAGAGAGUCUGCAGGUUUUCAGAAACGGCCCUUUAAAGAACAGCUGAUCAGUGUUUGGAAUAAAAACCUGCAGACUUGUCGGCUCAACUAUUAGUACAUUUUUUAGCCGUUAUCAAUCAUCUCAUAGUGAAAGGUGUGACCUUAAAACACACAGCAAAGUUCAACAAGUUCAGUCUGCGUUGAAGCGUGUGACCAGUGGAUCACAUAAUCAUGACA